AUGCCUUCCCCCCAGCGCAGAAGCGAUCACUCAGGAUUGUCGCGUCGCACUCAUGAGCCGUCGCAACAACAUCUCUCUCCCUUCCGUCGAGCGCAACUCGAAUCCCGCGCAGCAGACCGGUUUGACGCGUCACGAAUCCCCAGCCCUUCGAAUGGAUCUAGCUCUCGACAACGGAGGAAUCUCAGCAACUCAGGGACUCUACGAGGAGCAUUCGAAGCCGUGUCACGCUAUCCCACAAUGUCAGAGAGAGACGACUUAGCUUCUGGUCGCUAUACGCUGGGCACGCCAAACGGGAGGAUGCCAGGCCUCGGUCCGAUGUCCCCGGAGUCUAAUCCCCCAAAUGAAUUGGCGGAGACAUAUCGACAGAUCGACGACGAGGGUAGUCUGGUCGAUCUGGAUCCGCAAGAGAACGAGGCUUAUAUCCCAAGAAAGCAAUUGCGCGACAGCCGAGGUCGGGGCUCUUCUAUGUGCUCUACGAUGAGAGAUAAUGGACUAUUUACAAGCACGGACGCACCCUUUUUAGACGACGUGGGGGAGAGUUCGUACCGUCGAAAUUCCUCGGAUCCUGUCAAGGACGAGCAACGAUUAAAACGGGCCACCUCCAGCCGCUCACCCGUAUUGAACAAAACCGGCACGACUACCGCUCUAACAUCAGAGAAUCUACAACGGCGGGAACUUGAAGAUGGGGGUGUAUCUGAAGAAGACGAUGGUGUCAUGCCUACGUUGAAUCUCCCCUCAACCUGGGGCAGCCGAGGCACCCGCCAUCGAGGCUGGCUGAGGAGUAUCACCCAACCUGGCGAACGUGAGAGCAAGCAAGUAGCCGAGAAAUCUGCAGGCGAAUCAUAUUCAAAACACGAAUUUGAAAGGGCCUCUCGCAAUGACCACCUCGAUCGAGUAGGUGCCGGAAACCGAACUGCCGUGGGGGAACGCUCAACGAACCAACCUAGCAGAGCUCCCUUAUCGGAUGCGCAAAACAAGCUAUCCUCUGGACAGAAUGAUGAAAAGCGAACAGGCGGAGACCAUAUUCCCCACACGCCGAUUAUCGUUUACAAAAACUCCACGUUUACCAAGUGCAGUCCCACGAAGCGAGACUCGCAUGAUCUGCUGCGUAAGCUUUCGAGGACCGAGAGCCCAAGACAACCCCAACGCCAGACUGAACUUAGAACGCCAGAGGCGCCGACAAUCCCGGAGGGUCGCAUCUAUGAUAAAACACCAGUGGUGACCGGCGCUUGGAUCGACACUCCCGUGACCGAGCGGGUUCAUCGCUCCUCUGGGAAACCUUCGAGAGACAUCAUGGUGCUGCCGCCUGUAAAGGAUAAAUCGACGAGAUCCUUCGAACCAACCGAGUCGCGGAUCGUUGAAGAAUCUAGUACCAUGGAUGUUCCAAAGAAGCCACCAUUGGUCAAACCAAAUCUUCCCAAAAGUGCCCUGGAGACGGUCAUGCAAGAGUUCAAAGCCGACAAGGAGCACCUGGACGUUGGUGAUGAUACGAUCGAAUCGCUCCAGCUCAUUUUGGAUGAAACACCAAACGAGGCGAAGACCGAGACGGAGGAGGAUGAGGCAUACGAAAAGUUCGUGAUGCAAAAACUCGGGCUUGCUGCUUAUUCCAAGGGCCAUGAUAUCAUCGACCUGGACGGACUCAAUGAGAAACUUCGAUCCUUCUCCGAAAAUAUCAGCCGGGUGAAGAAGGGCCUUGAUGGACUGGAGAAGCAAGUCGAAUUGAUUCCGACUUCGAAAAAGGAGGUCAACUCGGCCCACAGCCAUGCCGAUGAAAGUUGCACGGCCUGCGCCACUCGCAAUGAUAGCCCCAUGUAUACGGCUAUCUUGCUUCCCCGUCUCUGGAAACGCGAUGCGGUUUCGCGACGCAUCCGUCCCACGCGUCUUGGCUGGUUUACGAUCAUUCUCUUUGCCUGGUCCUAUGCCGAAUCGACCAUGUGCGACUACUAUUGCCAUCCGUUUGUUUCCACCGUGUGCAGCGGAAAUUGCCUGCUUCGCGAUGCGCCGCGGUUUCCAUUUGUGAUUCCGACAAUGUUCUGGCGCUGGUCGCAUCUGUCCGCGGUCUUCGCUCCGGUCUGGGCGGUUAUGAUUGCAUUUUCCCGGCUCAUGGCACAACUGCUGGGGUUCUGGGACGGCUACGUAGACGAAGCGCCUCGCUAUCUCAACCGGUCGGGCGAAAUCCGAGUCCAUGGUAGUCGGAUGACGAGCUUUCCUGCUGCCACAACAACUACCCGUGGGUUUUUUGGCUUCGCGGGAACAAAAGCGCAAGAGGCAGCUUCGACCAAUAUCCCCGAAGCGGUUUCAGAUCUCGAACUCGAUUCGAGGGCGGAGACGAACUGGGAAGUAUCUAUGGAUGAUGAUGAAUAUCUCUAG